AGCAAUGUUUCAUAUUCUGAAACCAAUGGAGAAGAACCUUCCAACAAUUCUUUCUGUUUGGAUGAGGAACCACAUACUUAUGAAGAUAGUUUAUCAGGUUCAGUUGGGGCGAGCAAACCAGGUCCUUCAACUCCCACUGAAAUGCUGUUAGAUGGAGAUGAGAAUGAUUCAACCAUGAAUUGGAGUGAUGUUAUUGCAUAUCGAUUGGAUCACUUUCGGAAUGAAGAUUCAUAUAGUGAGAGUGAAGGGAACAGUGAAUCAUCGGAUAACGAACCGAGUUCAGUUGAGGAUACUCCAAAUGAUGAAUCAGACGAAGAUUCAAAUGAUGAAAAUGGAGGUGGAGAUCCUGAUGGUGGUGGUCCUGGUGGCGAUGAUCCUGAAGGGGAUGGAGAUGAUUUAAGUAAUGCUAAUGACUCAAAUAUAAAUGGAGUGUUAGAUGAAGACAACUUUUCACUGGGUCAUCCAUCACUCAAUCGUGUGCUGCAAGCUGCUCAUGGGCGUACUGCUAAAGAAGUUUUAGCUAUGAUCUUAACUUUAGCUGCUGAACAAAACCUUAAUUAUGUAACCGUGGUUGAACUGUGCCGUAUAGCCAAUGUAACUAAUGCCUUUAAAGCUCUACCCAGUACCAAAAAACAGUUAUGGGCUGUGCUUCAAAAGAAAUCAGCUGGUAUUGUGAAACAUGCAUACUGUGAAAAAUGCUUGUCUGUUCUUGGUGUUUUAAAAGACUUGCCUAGAGUAGUGGUAUGUAAUAAUGAGUUGUGUGACUAUAGAAGCCAGCGUCGCAAUGUGAAAUAUUUUAUAACUUUAAGCCUGACAAAACAGCUCAAAAGUCUACUCUCCAUCCCGGAAAUUCGACAACACCUUCAGUACAAGUAUACAAGAAGAAAAUUCAAUCAAGAUGCUCGUGAAGAUGUAAUAGAUGGUGACGGCUAUAAAGCCUUAGAAAAUAUGGAAAAUGGUCUUCAAGAAUUUGAUCUAACAUGUCAAUUGAAUACAGAUGGUUUCAGUACAAGCAGAUCAUCAAAUUCUCAAGGCUGGGCAAUUUUAGGAAGAAUCAAUGAACUGCCACCUGCUUUAAGGCAGAAGCUAACUUUUCUUGCUGGUUUGAUCAUUGCUGAUGGAGAAGCUGAUUUGAGUAUGCUGUUUGAAAGAUUUGUUGGUGAACUGAGUCAUAUUUCUAGAAAUGGCAUUGAGUGGGAACAUAAUGAACAAUUGUUUAUCAGUCGCAUGAAGCCUACCUGUUUUUGUCUUGAUGCUAGAGCCCGAGCUCUCCUUAUGAACUUAAAGAUUUACAGCGGUCAUUACAGUUGCCCUUUCUGUCUGCAUCCUGGUGUGAAGUUGGCUGGAUGUAUGAGGUUCCCUCUCCCAGGAACUGAAAUAGUAAUGCAGGUGCGUGGGGUAGAGCGAGUACUGGUUAUUCCUGAUGCCCCUCUGCGCACUGAUGCUGGUGUUAGGCACGACAUGCAGCAAGCCAAUGCAAAUCGAAAUGUUCAUGGGUUCCACGGGCCUUCAGUGCUGAUUAAUUUGGAUGAUUUCAAUUUUGCCACUGGAUUUUCCCCGGACGAUUUACAUCCCAUAUUUCUUGGGGUGACUAAAUUUCUUACAAAUGAAAUUCUCAGUGCAGCUGCAAACGUUGAAGACUUACAAGCCCAAAUUGAUGGAAGACUUCUGAAAAUUCUUACCCCUUCACUAAUUUCUCGGAAACCAAGAAGCAUAUCAAAGAGAAGAAAAUACAAAGGGACUGAAUGGAGGAAUUGGCUUCUGUAUUUUGGUAUCCCCUGCAUGGAUGGUCUCAUUUCAAAUGCAAAUAUGCGUCUGUUUUCUCUUCUCUCCAAAGGUAUCUUCAUACUGUCAAGUGAUUCUGUUACGGAUAAUGACAUAGAAGUUGCCCAUGAAUGCUUACAGAGGUUUGUUACUGGUUUCCAAGCGAUGCAUGGUCCAGAGAAAAUGCGUUUUAAUAUACACAUCAUGGUACAUCUGGCUCAAGCAGUCCGCAAUUGGGGUCCUCUACACCUUCACAGCACUUUUCCAUUUGAGUCAUGGAAUCGCCGACUAAGAAAUAAUAUCUCUUCUCCACAUGGAGCUGCAGACCAAAUUGUGGACCGUUACUUGCUAGAAUCUCUUGUUCGCAAGUUGCCAUACGACCAAGAGCUUGAUGAAGAGGUCAGAGAAGAGCUCCAAAAUAUAGCAUCUCCAUAUGUCAUGGACAAUCCCCUCAAGAUUGGUGAUGUAUAUUUUUUUGGGAAAAGAGCUCGUCCUAGACCCCCAACAGCAGAUGAAAUUGCUUUGCUCCACAAUGAAAAUCUUCAUUGUGACCUUCUCACAGAGUAUUAUCAAUGCAGAAAAUCAAGAAUGAUUCUUCAUUCCACCGAAUAUUAUGUUCUUGCAGACCGCACCUCUAAGUCAAACAAUAGUGUAAUUUUUACUAAUGAUAAUCAGUUUUAUGAUAUUGUUAAGAUUGUGGUUUUUGAACACGAUGGAGAAGAGAAAUGUGGUUUGUUUUGCCGUGGUUUGGAGGUUGGCAAUGCUCUUAAUGGUGCCUCUCACAUAAAAGAAGUUCACAAUGAAAACAAUGAUGCCGUUCAGUGGAUCUCUUUUGAUAAUGUAAGAUUAUUUGCUAUCAAAAUGCCUGUAAGAAAUCGUUUGUUUGUUGCUCCAAUGGCUAACAUAGGUGAAAUUGAUUAAUUGAAUUUGUUUUGUUCUAUAUAGAACAAAUAUUUGUGUAUUUAUAAAUUCACAAAUGUAUUUCCCUUCCCAUACAGUGUGAAUAUUUAAGCCAGAUCUAAGGUCAUGUGAAAGUGUGCUAAACUUCAAUUAAAAAUAAAUAAUUUAUGAAUAGUUACAA